CGCGACCGAACCGUCGCUGCUCUCUCUCUCUCUCUCUCUCUCUGUGUUUGUCCUCGGGUCAUCGUCGUCACCAUCCAUUUCCUCCAUGGAAGCUCUCUGAUCACAAGGUAAGACCGCACUGCCGCUGUGCUGCUGCGGCGACCUCCAUCGAGGCUCUGCAGACGUCCGCCGGUGCAGUCGCCGGCCGAUCCCCGUCUUCUUUUCCUUCCUUCUUUCCAGAAUGAGCGACGAGGCGCGGAAGCGGAACACCGAUUGCGUCUUCUUCCUGGCCUCGCCUCUCACCUGCAAGAAGGGGCUUGAUUGUGAGUACCGACAUAAUGAGAUCGCGAGGCUGAACCCGAGGGAUUGCUGGUAUUGGUUAGCUGGAAACUGUCUUAACCCUACUUGUUGCUUCAGACAUCCUCCACUGGAUACACAUGCUGAAGUGUCAUCUGAUUUACAUGUGGCGCCUGCAAAUAAGAUCAGCCCUCCUUGUUACUUUUAUUAUAAUGGGUUCUGCAACAAAGGUGACAGUUGUACCUAUUCUCAUGGAUCUGACUGUGGUAGACGUGAAGCAAUUUGUUCAAAACAAACAUUGAAAGUAAACAAUGCUCCAUCCUUGGAGAUGAAGGCAUCCACUGGGGAUGAACAUGAUGCCAAUUUAUUUUCGUAUAAAGAAUCAAAAAUGACAAAAGUGACACUGUCAGAAUGGAAGAUUACUGGUGGAGAUGAUGAUUCUGCACCAGCACCACCACUAGUGGAAUGUCACAACUUGUCAGGAACUUCCCCAGCAGGAGGCAAUUUGAGUUGUCUAUACAAGGAAGAUGUAAAAACUUUAUUGAUUCAAGAUGAUGUACAGCUGAAUCACUCUCCUCAGGUUUCCAUAUCUGAUUGUAAAGAAGAUGCUGAGACUGGGUCUGAAUAUACGCUUACUGCAGUAGGUCUUUCUCAAAGCAGGUUGCAUAGGUACCCCGCUCAUGGUUCAGAGGGACAAGUGGAAGACCAUUCUGUGAGAGAGGAAUACUGGGAAUCGAAUGUCCCGGAGAAUGGUGAAUCCAAAAGCUUGGCCAUCCAGGGUAAUCAAAAGGGUUUCUGGGAACUUGAUCCACAGUAUAGGCAUUUCGAUAGCCAUGUCUAUGAAUAUGAUUCGGAUAUUUUGGCUGAGCAUGAGCCCAUGUACUCUGAUGCAGAAUGUGAAUAUGAGACUUAUGAUUCUGACGAUGACUCGCAUUUUGACCAUAGUUCUAAUGAUGUUCGAAGUUUAUCUGUUCGGUUUAGGGAGACUGUCUCAGAUAUAUUCUUACAAGAAAGAGAGUUGCCGCAUAUGGAACUCACACAUGAUGACCGCCAUGAUUUGGAUCUCUGUAGGCCCCUUAGGAGAAAUAAUACAAUUGAUUCAUUUUCCUGUUUACCAAGAAGGCAUGGCUCAUUUCAUCUGAAUGUUCAUAGACAGGAAAGGCUUGUCCUGGGUCGGAGGAUGCAUGGAAGAUUAGCAUUAGUGGGGAAGAAUGCCAUCGAAUCAUUCCAAGACAAGGAAAAGUUUCUCGAUGGCUUUAGAAGGCAUGGUUGGCUCAGGCACAGAGAAAUGAAAAAGUUUAGGGUACACUCUAAGGAGAAAAGGCUGCCUAAACGUUGGUCUCAUACAACGAAAGCUUCAAGAAAACCACUUUCAAGGUGGCGGCAAUCUGCUGUGGACUCUGCUUCUUUUACCAGUCCCAAGACUCUUGCACAGAUCAAGGAAGAUAAGAGGAGAGCUAAAGAGAUUCGGCUUCAGUCAGGUGGGUGUUUUAAUAAAAACUCGGCGGCAGAUUUCCAGGGGCCUAAACCUCUGAGUGAACUUCUGAAGGACAAAGGAAAUGCCAAUUCAUAGAUGUAACAUAGAAAUAAUUGUCAUUUUGAAAAAGAAAAACGUAAGAAAUUGCAAUCACUUGAUGGAACAAGAUGAACAUCUUGAGGUGUCUCUUUGUAUGCCAGGCAUGAUUCCUACUAUUCUUUUUAUCUUUUAUAUGGUUUUCUUUCAUAAUAAACUGGAACUAGAAAAUGACGAUAGUGCACUGGUUGUUCUAGAUGUUCUGUGCAUUGGUGUGAUUCUGAGGUUGCUUUGGAAGAUGAACGAGAGAACCCCUUUACUUUU